AUGUGUCUCCGUAAGUCGCCAUCUUGAAGCUCUCUUGAUGUUGCGUACUACGCCCCUUGUUGAUAAAAAACCGACAGUAAUCUGUAUCUGUACAUUUUAAAGCUCUGUUUAAUUAUUUUGGAUCAUACGCGGCCCGGGCGCUUUAUUUGGAAGCUGCUGUAAUUGGCUGCGACCAUGCAAAAGUAUGAGAAGCUGGAGAAGAUAGGAGAAGGUACCUAUGGGACUGUUUUCAAAGCUAAAAACAGGGAAACACAUGAAAUAGUGGCCCUCAAAAGAGUCAGACUGGAUGAUGAUGAUGAGGGGGUACCAAGUUCAGCUUUACGAGAAAUUUGUCUCCUGAAGGAGCUGAAACAUAAAAACAUUGUAAGGUUGCAUGAUGUCCUUCACAGUGAUAAGAAGCUCACGUUAGUGUUUGAGUAUUGUGAUCAGGAUUUGAAGAAAUACUUUGACAGCUGUAAUGGUGACUUGGAUCCAGAGAUUGUUAAGUCCUUCAUGUACCAGUUAUUAAAGGGGCUUGCGUUCUGCCACAGUCGAAAUGUUCUCCACCGGGACCUUAAACCACAAAAUCUGCUUAUCAACAGAAAUGGUGAACUAAAGCUAGCUGACUUUGGCUUGGCCAGAGCGUUCGGUAUCCCUGUACGAUGUUAUUCUGCUGAGGUGGUGACGUUGUGGUACAGACCACCAGAUGUGCUGUUUGGUGCUAAGCUUUAUUCUACCUCGAUUGACAUGUGGUCUGCCGGCUGUAUUUUUGCAGAACUUGCGAACGCAGGACGUCCUUUAUUUCCCGGUAAUGAUGUGGAUGACCAGUUAAAGAGGAUCUUUAGAUAUCCUUUACAUUGAGUUGUUUAACUUGGCAUGUAAAUAUAGUAAUGAAUUUGGGUUGGUAAUGUAUGUACUUUAAUCUGUGCACUAAGAAUGUGUUUAUAAUGUAUAUUAGUUAAUGGUUUUCUUUAACAAACUGGCACGUUAUUGGGAACGCCGACAGAAGAGCAGUGGCAAACUAUGAAUAAACUUCCAGAUUAUAAGCCGUAUCCAAUGUAUCCCGCCACUACAUCACUCGUAAACGUUGUCCCGAAACUCAGCAGUACAGGCAGAGACCUACUACAGAAUCUUUUGAAAUGUAAUCCAGUACAGCGAAUUUCCGCAGAGGAAGCCCUACAGCACCCGUACUUUGCUGACUUUUGCCCACCCUAAUUGUGAGAUCUACAGAGCUUCCUUUAGAAGUAUGGAUGGGCCGGUCUUAACCCCUUCCCAACUCGUUCAGCUUUUACUUAGUUGCUAUGUAUCUAUGGCAGGAUACAAAGACUUUGACACAAUCUCCUCCUGCAUUUUGUCAUCCACAUGCACUGCAGUAUAUAUGGGUCUGAUUAUGAUAGCAGUACUGUAGUGUAGGGCUUUUAUUUUAGAUACAUUUUCCAGAAAAGGACAUUUGUCAUGUUAGUUUGGUCUUGAUGUUUUAAAAGAUACAGAUCAUCAACAUUUCUUCAGUAAUUCGGGCCUACAAGAUUAAUUUAGUUGCCAAAUGUGCUUGACGGGUCUUUAAUGGUUUACAAAGAAUCUGCCGUGAGGGUUAAAGGCAGUGCUUAUUUCUUAUUUAAUUUUUCAUAUGAGCAGUGUAAUUUAAUAAGGUGCACAUGAUUUAUCUUACGUUCCGUAGUAUUUAAGAAUAGGUAUUUUUCAACGGUUUAUGUGUUACACAUUUAUUAAGAAAAGAAAAAAGUCUGAAAACCUUUAUUGUGUGACUGUCGUUGUACAUUUUGAAUUACAGUUGUAGCAUUUUAAACUUCUUUUAAAUGAUCAAACAGUUGUAAAGGAACCUAAAAGUGUUGCAGAACAAAAAUUGUUUGUUUUUCAGGCUGUUAAUCUCUAUGUAGGAUGCUUAAAACUUUCAUAGUAGACCAACAGCUGGAGUGAUAUUUAUGUCUAUAGGGGAUUAUAUAAUUGUAGGUACAUUUGGUGUCCAAAGUCAUAUUUUAGAAUAUAUAAUAUUUUAAAAUUCUUAUAAAGCUAAAGUCAGUGUCAACUCUGUUACUGUCAACUCUGUUACCAGGACUGGGUAACCGUGUUGACUGUAUGUAACAAAACUGACCGUCAUACACAGAAAAACACAAACUCUCCAUUUUUCUCUCUCUUCCACAUGCACAUACAUGACUGUCAACACUGUUACUCUACCUGGGUAGCAGAGUUGGAUGGUAACAGAGUUGACACCGACUUCGAACAGGAAAAUCCAAAUUAUUAAAAUAAUUAAAAAUACAACCAUUUGAAAAAUAAUAUUUGGACACCUAAUGUUAAUGCAAUUACAAAAUCACCCGUGAAUAACACCUGAAACAUUAAAAAUACAUAAAGAGAGUAUGAAAAUGCA